AUGUCAUAUCCUACCGCCACCCAGAUCUCCCUAUCGGCCGCAGAAAACAAGGCAGCGAGUCCACACGUCGUCGUUGUUGGCGGCGGCAUCGUCGGUGUCUCCAUCGCGUGGCACCUCGCCCACGACACGAACGUCACCAUCGUCGCCGAAGACAUCGGCGGCACGGCGACGCCCAACUCGUUCGCCUGGAUCAACGCCGCCUACGGAAAUCCGGACUUCUACUACGAGUUUCGUCAUCGCUCCAUUCAGCGCUGGAAGCAGAUUGGCGACGAGCUGCCCGGUCUGCCCAUCCACUGGAGCGGAUCGCUGAACUGGAAUAUGUCCCCAGAGGAGCUCGAAGAUUACCAGAAGCAACAUUCUUCGUGGGGUUACGAUAUUGUCCGCGUCGAGCAAACUGAAAUCCGCGAGCGUGAGCCGGAGCUCGAGUUAGACAGCAUUCCAGACUGGGGACUCUAUGUUGCUGAGGAAGGGCAAAUCGAGGCCCAUAUUGCAGCACGGCAAAUGAUAUCCGAUGCCGAGGCUAGAGGUGCUGAACUACUGAAGACCACUGUCACGGGCUUCCUCAAGCAGGAUGGGCGCAUCAGCGGAGUCAUCACGGCCGCCGGAGAGGUGCAAGCGGACCACGUCGUCGUCGCGGCAGGCGUCGGCAGCGUGGCACUCCUGGCAACAGAGAAUAUCACACUACCAGUGACGGGCACCGCGGGCCUACUCAUCAACACGAAACCGACAUCGAAGAGAUUGCUGAACGGCAUAGUCAAUGCAGAAGAGAUACACCUCCGUCAAACGCUAGAUGGCCGCAUCCUUUCCGGCUCCGAGUUCUCGGGGGGCGAUCCCGGCGACGAUCCGCAGGCCACUGCGGAUGCGCUCUUCGCCAAGCUGCAAAGCACGUUGACAGGGGGCGAUGAGCUCGAGUUUAAUUACUACACUGUCGGGUACAGACCAACGCCUGAUGAUGGCCUGCCGAUACUGGGGCCGGCCGGUCUGGACGGGCUUACCGUUGCUGUUAUGCACUCUGGGGUCUCGAACGCUGCGAUUGUUGGUGAGCUGCUUAGCAAGCUGAUACUCACCGGGGAGAGUGAUACAGCUCUCGCCGACUUCCUGUUAAGCCGCUUCAAUGAAAGAACUCGAUAA